AUGGCUUCCAGGUUUGGCCAGAGGAGGGCUGGAAGACGCCAGGAGUAUUCAGGUAACUCCCAUCUGCUGAGGGAUCCCAGCCCCAACCCUCUGAAUGAGCUGUCUCACAGCGUCUCCUGGUGGGCUGAUAAGGAGGAGCACAGAGAGCAAGGAGACUCACUGAGAGAGCAGCUAAAGGAGAUGGACGAGCAUGUGGCCAGGCUCCAGGACAUGCUGAGGUUUGAGCGGGCCAAAUGCACCCGUCUGCAGCUGCGGUGUAACCAGCAGGAGGCAGAGCUGAGGCGCCGAGAGCAGCACAGCAACAGACUGAAGGAGCGACUGUCACAGCUCACUGACAGACACAAGGAGAGAGGACCCUCAAUAGAGGUGUUGAACUUUCCACCUGGAGGCCGAAGCAAAAGAGAACAACCAAUCAGAUCAUUCAAGCCUACUGCUAAACGAGAAGAAGCAACACUACGUCUGAUGCUAGAGCGCAGAGAAGCAGAGCUCAGGGAGGCGAUGAAGCUGCGCCACAGCCUCACCACUUUACUUCACGCGCUCAGAGUCGACAUGGAGCAGACCCUGUCAGACUCGGUGGAUGUUCAGGAUGAGGCCCAAAAUGAAGACAAAAUGUUGGAUCAAGCUGAAGUGGCACUCGGUGACCAUGUGACAGGAGGUGUGGUUCAGAGCUGGAGGAAGGUGCAGAGGAGACUGGCUGACACCCAAUCUGAAGGUCACAGCAGUGUUGGCACUGACCAUGACAAGCUCUUGGCUCAGCUAGAAACUGAACUGAAAGAGAGUCAACAGCUUGUCAGAUUACAGCAACAACUGCUGCAGGGUAGCCUUGCCUCGCCUGUCCCCUCAGAACUGGCUGAUUCGUACUUUCUGGAAGAGUGGGAUCGUCUUCAGGUGCGGUGGGCGGAGCUCGAUCACCAGAGGAGGACUUUCGAAAGGGAGAGGCAGUCCUUCACUGACGCUGCCAUCCGACUAAGCCAUGAGCGCCGCGAUUUUGAGCAGCAGAGGGCCUCUCUCGUGAAGCAGCAGUAUUUGUGUGGGUCACCUCGCGACAACAGACGAGAGAGCACUGCUUUCAGUUUCUCAGGUUUGGGACCCACCGGCCUGUCUGGCUGUAUUCUCAUUACUCCAUCGUCCACUGAGUCAGGGACAGCUGCUCUGUCUGCUGUACAUCAGGAAAGAAUCAGAGUUCAAACUCCCAGCACUCCUGAGCUCUAUGCUGCCCUCAAUCUAUCGUACAACAGCAGAGCCAGAGGUGUCGAUGACCAAUCAGAGACAUGGGACAGCGGGGCAGACAAGAUACUGCACACACCACAUGCUCUGCACUUAGACUGGUCUUUUUAA